AUGCAUUUUACGUGUGCUAAAUGUCUCGAGACAUCAACUCAUAAGGAUGAUUUACUCGAGUGUUCUACUUGCAAAAAAGUUCUUCACUUUUAUUGUACUGGCUAUUCUGAGCAAAAUUAUAAAAAAAUGUCUAACAAUACUAAAGCAAGAUUUACCUGUUCUGAAUGCCAGACUACUAAAUCGCCAAAAUCACAAACAUCUGGUGUUGAAUUAAGUUUAAUAAGUUCAAUGGAAAAAAAUAUUGAGGAGUUAACUAAAUCCGUAUCUUUUAUGAGUUCAAAAUUCGAUGAUUUUAGUAAUAAAAUUGAUUAUUUAGUUAGUGAAUUAAAAAAUAUUAAGAUUGUCAAUGAGAAAAUUAUCACGGAAAAUAAACGAUUAUCUGAUGAAGUUGCGGUUUUGAAAUAUAAAGUAGAUGAAAUUGAACAGCAUAAUUUAGGAAUUACUGUGGAAAUAUCAGGUAUUCCUAAAACAACCAAUGAAAAUUGUGUUUUGAUUGUUGAAGAAAUUGGGAAAAAAACAAACACGGAGUUGAAGGUACUUGAAGCUAAUAGAAUUAACUUUUUUAACUAUAAGCAAAAUAUUAUACUGGCAAAAUUAGAUACUCUUGAUAUGAGAAAAAAUUUAAUCCGAAAUGUAAAAUCUAUGAAAUUAACAACUGAUAAAAUUUAUAAUAAAUGGCCGGUAGAAAAGGUUUUCGUUAAUGAAUGUCUUACCAAAUCAAAGCGAGCUCUUUUUGCUCAAACAAGAUCUGCUGCGAAAGAUAAACAAUAUAAAUUCGUCUGGUUAUCAAAUGCGGAUAUUCUCGUGAGAAAAGAUGAAAAAUCCAAAAUAACUAAAAUUAAAUCAUCUCAAGACAUUCAAAACUUAUAA